GACUCGUUUAAUGACACCCAGGCUUGGCGGAAUAAUAUUCCAGAACCCCCAACAUAUGCGCACAAAGUUAUAAUUACCGUCGUCUACAGUACGAUGUUCUUGUUUUCUUUAACCGGAAACUCCAUGACGAUUUACAUUGUGUGGAGUAAACCUUACAUGCGAUCAGUUACCAACUGCCUGAUUGCGAACAUGGCCACAGCAGAUCUUAUCAUGACAUUUAGCGCCAUGCCUUAUGUGGUCGCCUUCACCUUCAUACAGACUCGAUGGUUUGGAGGUGUCUUGGGAACGGUCACAUGCAAAUUGUUGAUGUUUUCAGUUCCAUUGUCCAUCGCAGCUUCUAUAUUGUCUUUGGUGGUAAUUGCGUUGGACCGUUUUUUCGCUGUCGUUUACCCGUUUAAUCGUCCUAAGGUAAUCCGCAAGAUUUCUGUGAUGAGCUCGAUCGUCUGGGCCUUGUCGAUCUUGUUUGCAUCACCGUAUUUGUAUGCUCACAAAGUGCUAUUUGGGUGGGACAAUAUUUAUCAUUGCGUUCCGCGAUGGGAACCGCCCAUUACUGAUCACAGCAAGGCGUUCCGAACUUAUUUUAUUUUCAUUUUCGUUUCUCUCUACUUGGUUCCACUGUUCCUCAUCGCCAUCUUUUACAGCAUCGUUUCAUUGAAGCUCUGGGUGCGAAGAAUCCCUGGGAAUCCAUCAGUUACAAACAUCAGGCAUGCAGAAGCGAGCAAGAAAAGAACUAUCAAAAUGCUCGUCAUUAUCGUUAUUGUUUUUGCCCUCUUCUGGCUUCCUGCGCAAGUGAUUCACUUAUUGGCACACUUCAAUUCACGGAUUUACGAUGCGAUAUCACCUAUGAUAAUAUUGAUAGCGUUUGGCAUAUCACACCUUAAUUCCGCCAUAAAUCCCUAUCUCUACAUAGUCCUGAACAAAAAUUUCCGACGCGCUAAUAAGGAUGUUCUUCAAAGCUGUUUCAAGCCCGCAGGGAGCUUAGUGCGUUCCUGGGGAAGCAACACCACCUCGAGUGCGUAUCUGGCCGAAGGUAUGUCCAUGGAAUACGUGAGUGUCGGAGAUUUGGGGAGAAGAGAAAAGUACGACUUGUCCAGAAUCGAAAGAGAUCGGGACACUUCGUUGUGUGUCAGACAAGUAAGCCUAAUGAAAGUAAAGGAAAACUAG